GUCGGUCCGCUUUACCACGAGCUCUUUUCUGUAAUUGUCCCGUGCAGGAUAUCAUUGCAGUCAGACCUCUGUGGGCUCCUUUCUUAUCUUCGUGACUGCGUGAAACGAUAGCGAGUUUAACUUACCUUGUUUCAGAUCCUUUGCGUCAGCAUUACAUCGACGAGCUUGAACAGAUUCUGCUUCCUCCGCUGGAAAAUCGCUAUAUUUACGCUGUGACACUGCAACGCCGAGGAGACUCCAACAUUUACGAUGUAUUCAAGAGCUUACUUAUUGCUGGAAAGAGAAUUUGAUGAAUAUAAAAACGCCAGCAACUUUGGUAUUUCUGUUACACCUAUAGGAGAUAACUUGAUGGAAUGGGUUGCUGAGAUCCAAGGACUGAAGGAUUCUCUAUGGGAAGGAGCUGAACUCCAACUAGCAAUGAAGUAUACUGAAAAUUACAACAAAGUACCUCCAAGCAUCCAUUUCGUCACUAUUCCUUUCCAUCCAAAUGUGGACCCAUCAUCAGGGAGACCUUGUGUAGAUUUUCUAGAUGAUCCUACCAAGUGGAACAUGAAGUUAACAAUGAGUAGUAUCUUGCUUACUAUCCAGGUAAUGCUGUCUAAUCCAGUUCUAGAUAAUGCAGUAAAUUUGGAGGCAGCUAAAAUGAUGAAGAAUGAUAUUUCCCUCUAUAGAAAAAGAGUCAUACAGUGUGUUACCACUAGCCAGCGCCUAGAAGCUGUUGCUAAUACAGAGCAAAAGUCUCUAACUUCAAUCAAAUUUUAUGUAACACCUGAAGAAUCUGUUCCUGAACAACCAAGAAGGAUUGCAAAAAUAUCGUAUGAAGAUUAUUAUUUGACAUGGUUUCAAAUAGCCACAUCAAGAGCAGCAGAAGAAUUUAAAAGCCCAGUGUUUGAGGACCCAGACUUCAUAGCAAACCUCUAUGACUGGAAAGCAAUAAAUGUAGCUAGAGGCGAUUGGGAUACAGAUAUACAUAGAAUACUUUUCUCUGAAUUUAUUGAAAAACAGAAGAACCCAAAAAUUCUUGACGUAAAAGAAAAUCUAAGCCCAACCCCAGCACCAUCUGAAUAUGAAAAACCUACUACAUCAUCACAGAAGACACAAAGCAGAAAUCAGGAAGAUGAGCACUGGGAACAAGAAGUAGAAGAUUUAGUAACCUGGUCGAAGUCUCUUGGUUAA